UGGCAAGUUAGUGUAUCUUAGUCUGAAAUGAUGGAGCAUGAGCUAAGAAUUUACCCCCACACUGACUUUGUCUCUCUUUAGUUUCCCUUUCUGUCUUGUGGUUUCUGAUUUUUGUUCCUAUAACAGAACGCGUCACUUGAUGUGGUCAGACUGAACACUAAACUAGAGAGUGCUGAAGUUCAACAGGAAGUUUAACAGAUCUGCAGGAUGGUUCAGCCGACGUCACCCAACAUCAGAGCUUUGCUUUGCUGUCACACUGUGAUCUUCCACCUCCUGAUACUUCGCUCUGCAGGUCAGUCUACAGCGGUAAAUCACCCAAUAGUGGCGACAGCAGGUGAUGACAUCACUUUGCCAUGCCUCCUGCAACCUGCCAUGGAUGCUGUCUCCAUGACUCUGGAGUGGUCAAGACCUGACCUGAACCCCAAGUUUGUCCAUGUGCAGCGUGAUGGCAAGCAUGUGCCCGCUGAGCAAAACCCAGCCUACACAGGAAGAACAUCAGUGUCCACUGAGAAUCUGAAGCACGGAGACCUGUCACUGAAACUCUCCACGGUGGAGCUGUCUGAUAGCGGCACGUACAGAUGCUACGUUCCAGAAGUGAACAAAACAUCAGUCAUCGGUCUUUCUGUUGAUCCAAAGGAUGGUUUACCGGACAUCUCUGACAUUCGGAGCUUUGCUUUUCUGUCCAACAGUGAUGCUCUUUCUUCUGAUAUUUUCUUCAAAAGGUCAGUCUCAGGUUAUUGCUCCAUCUCAUCCAACAGUGGGAAAUAGCAUCAUUUUGCCAAAGGACCUGAACCCUGCCGUGUCUCCUGUCUUCCUGUCCCUGGAGUGGUCAGGACCUGACCUGACAGACAUAUCACUGAAACGCUCCAGAGUGGAACUCUCUGAAGACGGCUCCUACAGGAGCUAUAAUAACAGCAGUUCAUCUCUCUUGCUGCUGCUUGCAUCCCGUGUGGCUCUCACAUUUAUGUGAUCGGUUUUGGUGGUUACUGUCGUCGUCUGACUGAAUGCCAAGUAAACCUUUGCCCUUGUGGCGAAAUGUUCGCCUAAUGUCCACCUCAAGGCCACGGACUGUAUUAAAGAAGUGGACGUAGCCUCCGAUCUGAAAGGUGAAGCCAAUGCUUGGGUGCCUUUAACCUACAUCAUUUCUGACAGCCAGCAGGGGGCGACUCCACUGGUUGCAAAAAUAAACUGGAUUGUUUCGAGGUCUUUAAGAAAAUGACCCAACUUCUCGUUUGAUUUAUUACAAUAUACAUUGUCCCAAUGAGUUUGCUUUCUCAGUUACUAAUUUCAAGUCUUCUUCAACACAGCAUGAUGUUCAUUUUGUUAAUCAUGGUCCCAUUUAGACACCAUCUGUGACACCUGUGAAUUUUCAUCGUCAAACUAAUUUUCCUACAUUCUGGUGAAUGUUUAUGCACAAAUGUUUGCAUUUUCUGCAACAACUUAUGGUGUUAACGUUCUUAACUUUGUCAAAAAAAGUCCUCUGCUACUUUUGUGUUUUUGUUGGGGUGUGGGGGGAUGGAUGCUCUAAAUAUUGAGUCCCCCCUGAAAUCUAUGUUGUGAUGUAUAAGAUUGCAUAUAUGUUACACAGUAGAUUUCACACUACCUCCACCUUACAAAUGUCUGUCAGUCACAACUACAUGAAUUCAUUGUUUGAGUUGGUGUGCAGACUGGGGAUAAAAAUGUCACUCUCUAAAAAUGGUUAAACUCUUACUGUGGGUGGAAUUGCUUCAUAUCCUGUAAGACUAAUCUAGCUUAUUUUAUUUUUCUCAGUCAUGUAUUUUAAAGUUGUUCUGAUGCGUUUCCUUUAUCUGAUGUGAACCAUUUUGUGUUGUGUGUGUGAAAGUUUUAAUAAAAC